UCUAAAAAUCAAAACUUUACCAAAAAAAUUAUUUAAUUGGUAUUUCAAUAACACCAUGAGAGUUUUCUUAGCUGAAGACAAUUUGUGUGCACAAAAUCUUCUGAAACUAGUGUCUCAUGGAAACGCUAUACUAGCAGAAAUAUUAAGAUUGAAAGACAACAUACCCAAAGUUUUCUUCCUUGAUACAAAGGAACUGCAACAACAAUACCAUGACCUUAUUAUGGAUUUUAGCUACUUCAAAAUAUCUGAUAGCCAAGAGAAGAAGAUUACUUCAAACAGCAAACUACAUGACCUGGAUGAUGACUUGAAAGAGAAGCAUUUAGAAUUAAUAACAAGGUUCUAUCUUCUCUUUGAAAACAUAUACCAAUAUAUUGUUGAUCUUAAUUCUUUCGUUGAACAAUUACAUGAUGGGGCAUUUAUUCAGCAAACAAUUGAAAUAGUUAUGAAAGAUGUGGAAGGCAAACAACUACUGUGUGAAUCUCUGUAUUUAUAUGGGGCAAUGCUCCUUGUGUGUGAUCUUUAUAUUUCUGGCCCCGUAAGAGAAAGAUUACUUGUGGCAUUCUAUCGCUACAGCACCAACCAGUCUCAGUCAAAUGUUGAUGAUGUCUGUAAACUACUAAGAGACACAGGCUAUGAUCAAGUCCAUGGGAAAAGGCCAUCAGACUACCCUGUUGAAUUUUUCAGCCGCAUACCCAUUCAUUCUGAUUUUGUUGAGAAAGUGAUUGGAAAAUUAAGAUCUGAAGACAUUUACAAUCAACUAUCAGUAUAUACAAUACCUGAACAUCAGGCUUCCGCUCUCGCCACUCAGUCUAGUAUGCUUGUUGUGUGUUUAUUUUUUACACCCAAUUACCUACAUUCAGACACAGUCAAGAUGAGGGAAAUUGUUGACAAAUUCUUCCCAAGCAACUGGAUUAUUCCAGUGUACAUGGGUGUUACAAUGAAUGUUGUUGAUUACUGGGAAAACUUUAAGGCCGCAAAAACUUCCAUCCACAACACCUGUAACUCCAAAGGGGUAAAAGAAAUUUAUAGCAAAAGGGGAAAUUCGGUGGAUUUAAUCUUGAGUAAAAUAUACCACUUGUUAAAAGAAGGCACUUUAAGUGAUGACUUUGUAUUGGAUAAUAUUAACAAAAUACUGAAUGUAAUUUUGAAUGCAAAUCAUGUGAUUAGGUGGCUGAUUUUACACAACAAUGAUGUUAUAUUUUUUGAUAACAACAAAAAGAGCCGACAACUCAAGGAGCUUGUCAUAAAGGAGAGCAAUUAUGAUCCGUUAAAACUGUUAGAGUUGCUAGUCAGUACUGCAGAAUUGGAGCUUAAAAUAAGAGAAUAUCUUAAAAGAUUACUUGAUAGCAGAAUAGAAUCAUGGAACACUAAUAAAAAUAUGGCAAUGGAAGCUGUCAAUAAUUUGUCUCAAUUAUUCACUGGCUCUCAACCUUUCGCCAAAGUGAGUGAAAACGAAAAGUUGACAGUGUGGUUUCAAAAUAUUGCCAAGCAAAUUUCAUCUUUAGAGGAACCAACUUCGAAAUCGAUUAAGAAAGUCACACAGCUGAUUAGGGUGUUGGAAGAGGUGGAAGAGUUUCAUGGCAUAAAGAGCACAUCCACAGUCUUCCAAUACUUGACAGAGAGUAAAGAUGCUCUCAAAAAUGUCCUAAGAGCUGCAUUGUUGAAAGAAGAUUCACUUAUCACUAUGGAAACAGUAGCCGACUUCAGCUAUGCUUGGUGUACUAUAGAUUUAUAUACAGUUCACAUGCAAAACAAUAUCAAAGAGAAUCCAGCUGUAACCAGUAAACUCAGAGCACUGUUUCUCAAACUAGCGAGUGCUAUGGAGAUACCUCUACUUCGAAUCAAUCAAGCGCAAAGCGAAGAUUUGGUAUCUGUCUCUCAAUAUUAUAGCAAUGAACUAAUUUACUAUAUUCAAAAAGUUUUACAAAUUAUACCGGAAAUGGUAUUUAAUAUUGUUGAAAAGAUUAUUGAUCUACAAACUUGGACAAUCAAGGAGCUACCUACGAGGAUAGACAAGGAUAUGUUAAGGGAGUAUGCCCAAAUGGAGGACAGGAUGGAGGUGGCCAGGUUAACGCAUUCUGUGUCUACUUUUACGGCAGGCAUCCUAGACAUGAGGUCUACCCUAGUCGGUGUCAUUAGAGUGGAUCCUGCCGAACUGUUAGAGGAAGGCCUCCUAAAAGAGCUCGAUAGACAUAUUAACACGAAAUUUAUUGAAUUUCUUGAACCACAAACAAAAAAAUCCGUAAGUUUGGAGAGCAGACUUCAGAAACUCGCCGAAAGCAUGGACGGGUAUCAAAGGUCCCUAGAAUAUAUCCAAGACUAUAUUAAUAUACACGGUCUCAGGAUCUGGCAGAAGCAGGUUUCUACUAUAAUCAACCAAAAUGUAACCAAGGAAAUAAGUAUAAGAAAAGGUGUAAGCUUCUAUGGACCUUCAGCUGGUUUUAUGGGAAGUCUUGCUAGACAAAUAACUCAAAUAGUGGAUUCCAGGUCGAGUGUUUACAUUAAUGUUUGCGCUGCCUGGUUCGAUUUUAAAACUCACAAAGAAGUGAUGAACACAAAAACAUUUGCAAAAAUGAAUGAAGCGAUAGGUGUCGUCGGCUUGCAUGGCCUGGACACGUUGUAUGGGUAUAUGAUCAAGAAUCAGUUGCAACAUAUCCAGACCAGUCUCAGAUCAAAUCAAGACAAAAUCCCGUACAGUAAUGUCGACAUGGCUGAAAUAGAACAAGUUAUUGCUAAAAACCAGAAAGUGUACCAGAAUAUGGCAGAAGUAAUACUCUUGUUGGGUACACUGCAGCUGCUGAGGAAACACAUAGGAUAUCAACUAAACACGUGUUGCAAAUUUGACUCGGCUCACCUGGAAUCCUCACUACGAACCUUAAAUGAGUCACUAUUGAAUGAAAUCAAGAAGUCCCCUGCAUCAGUGCCAUUGGAUAUGCUAAAAGAACUGAAAGAGUAUUCAGUAAGAUGCGGCAUAAACGAACCAUUCGAGAAGGUCUACGCAAGAAAUACGCCAGAAUUCGCCAACGCCGACGUAGGUCGUGCCGCAGCGGUAGUUCUGAUAUCUCAGUUAUCCAAGUUGCAACUGUGUACCACCACUGGUGACUUAAUAAGUAAAAGAACUGGUGACAACAUUGAUGGAUAUCCUCUACUCAUUGGUUGCUACACGCUGCUUCGGCACUGCCAUACACAGUCUUUCGACGUGUUUUUAGACUUCUUGUGUAAAUAUGCUCAAGUGGUAACAAUGAAUAAAGUAAAAUCUUCAGAAUCGAAUCUGGACAACAUUUGUAUAAUUCGAGUGUUACAAAUGUACUGUGAAACUUUCAACUACUCGUUUUCAAAUCUCGAGUCUAAGCUCCCCUUGAGUUUACUUACGCAGUCUGUAUCAAAGUAAAAUAGCUGGUUGUAUACCGAGUGUCCAGAAGUUGGAAUUAAACAUAAGGCACACAUACAUAUUACAUUUUCGCAGCAGGUAGAGAAAGGAGAGAGGGAGAUAUUACUUCGUCUCCUUCACUAUGCUGGGCGACUAGUCUAGGUUCCCCUAGAACACCUUUUUUUUAGUACUAUCAAGCUAAUUUUUUGUGAGUAGCUUCAUUUUCAUAAGACGAACAAUUACCUCUGUGAAAAUUCUCGAAAGUGGUAGUUAACAGGGAUAAUAACAAGGAUUUAUAUAUUUUAUAGCAAGGUCACGAAGUAGCAUUUUAAUUAAUUUUUUGAAGAUCACUUGCUGCGAGGAUCGGAGAACCGACAUAAAUUGCUCCUGACAUGAAUGUCACCUUAACAGCAAAUAACUAAUAAAAUUUUAAAUUUUUAUGUUAAAACAAUUUUAAAUAAUAAAAUAUUUAUUUAUCUCUAAUAUAUUUAUAAGUCAUAUUUUCUAAGUAAACUAUUGUUUAUGA